AUGGCUCGCCGCAUCUUGAUUCUACCUUUUUACCUCGUGUCUCUUUAUUCCAAGGCUGAUGCCAACUUCACCAAUGAGAGCAAUGAGACGGAAGGCAACGAGAUGAAGAAUGUCGGCCUACCCGUCCCCUUGGACGAGAGCUACAUUAACCCUGGCGGCAGCGUACGGUGCCCCUCGCGCUGCAGGCGUUACUUUGCGGGCGCAGGGCCCGGCGAUGGCACCAUUUGCCAAAAGCAGGCAUCGGGGGUCGGCACUGCUCAGCAGAACUUGGAGCUGGGCGUAGCAUGCUACCCAGCAUAUGGGUGUGGCAGGGACAUGAUUACCUGCGUGGAUCAGGCAUUCGAGGGCUCCUUGCCGGACACGUCUGAUGCAGCCUCCGCAUGUGCAGGUCUUGAUGUCGUCCAGGCGGAAGAUCCGUGGACUUGUGGCACAGCCGAGGAGAACCGACCUCCCUGCAAUGGUACGGCCAACAACAACGCAGGCAAGUGGCUGAAGGCCAAUGGAGAUUUGGCAUGUGGCUGGGGAUCCACCUAUGGAAAUGUCUACCCAGGCUACAGCGGUUCCCCUACGCCAGCCACUGAAGUCUUCACCGUUUCCACUGACUUGGAGUGCUGUUUGAAGGCGAUGUCUUUCGAAAACAGCUCCUGGGAAGAUGGCGGAGCCGCCCUCUUCUUUCAGCGAAUUGGCUCGACCUGUCGUGUAGACCGCGAGAAGAUUAUCUAUGCUAACAUGGAUAGCUCGUCAGGGCGAUCCGUGAAGUACCAGGACACGCGCUGUGGCUCAGGAGAGCAGUUCUACUACCGCCAUGCCGCCGGGGCAGCAGAUGCUGCCAACCUCCACACGGGUGGUCGCUGCGUCGUGGAUGGAGGCUUCACUCGCCUGCAUGAGCUGACCUCUGGCACGAACCUUCCUGGCGGUGAGCUUCCUGAUGGGCAUGAGCUGCCAAACCACGAGUGCCCGGAAGGGGAUCCCAAUGAGACAGGGUUCUCACAGGACUGCAACGUGACCCUCAAAUUCAACACCAUCAAUGAUGCAGAGGAGUGUUGCGAGAUGUGCCGUUCCAUGAGCUGGCUCCCGAGUGUGGGUGGUGUUGUGGAGAUGGAUGACGCUGGCACUCCCAAGAACCCCUGUGUCGCUUGGCAAAUCGUGGAGGGCCGCUGUCGCAUUGUGCGUCAGGAGUAUUUCGACUACUGGAAUCCAGGCAUGACGAUUCAGGCGUCCUUGACGCGAAACAGCUUUGAGGCGCCAGGCAACACAGACUGGGUGGUGCCAACGCGUGGCUGCGGUGAGUCUGAGGAGUCUUGCAAUUAUUACUCCUUCAUUUACUACCGCCAGUUCCGUGAGGUCUCUGGAGUUGCAGUGGACCCAUCGGUCCUGUCAGCAAACAGCUCAAACUCUAGCAGGAAUGCAACCUACCGCAAGGUUGUGUCGGUGACCCUCCCUCCCAACGUGGAGAACUUGUCCUUUGAGCUCAAUGUCAGCGCCGUGCCCACGAGACAUGACCGCCGGCCGCAGCUGGUUCAGGACAGCAUGAACCAAAGCUUUGCGAACCUCACUGGGGCGAGCUUCGAUGACGUAGUGGAUGGGCUGAACUCUAACGUCACACCCGUGACAGAAGAGACGGCUGGGUCUGGGGAAGACUGUGGGCAGAUUGAGAUUUAUGCGGCAAGCGCCAUGCGAAGGAGUGGUGAAUACGAGAUCUUUGAUGAGGAGUCGUCUCCAGAGCCGCUCUGUGUAUCCGAGUGCACUCCUUCCGGCACGACGACGUCCUUCCGGUGUGGUCUCCAGAAUCUCACAGACGGAGGCCGUCGGCUGGCUGCGUUGGACAAUGUUGUGGUGUCCUUCACGGCCAUCGGCUCAGGCUACGACACCGUGGAUUUCGGGGUCGCUGCGGCCUUGGAUCAGGGGCCUGCCACCACGGUCACGACCACGACAGGCGGCACAGGCACCACUGUGAGCACAGGGCCAGUGUCCUCGGCACCAGCCUCGAGCCUCGGCCUCGCGGCGAUGGGUUUCCUGCUUUUUCUCGCUUGA